UUGAUUAUUUCUUUCUUGUUAUAUAGGAAUGGUAGAGGUUAAAGAAAGCCAAACUGCCGCAGUCCUAAAAUUAAAAAUAUUGGAUACGCUUGCAGAGUACAAUGUGCCCAUUGGGAACAUUUUCUCAAUUACUGUCGAUAACGGGGCCAAUAUGGUGGCGGCAGUGAAGAAAAUGCGAAAUGAACUACAAAUGACAUUGCUAGAGAACCUUGAGGAUGUUGACUGCACAGGCGAACAAGAAUCAUCACGAGAUAUACCUUCUGAAUUGUAUGAAGAGUUCCAAGAGCGAAUCAAUCUUGUGCGAUGUGCUGUUCACACUCUGCAGCUGGCGAUCUUAGACGUGGUGAAUAAAUCCCAUGCAGGUGUGAAGAGUCUGACCGAGCUGGCUAAAAAAUCAAAAAACGUGAAGUACCAAACGAAUUUCGACCAUCAUGGUGCCUCGCACCCCCCUAUUUGGAGCCAAACCAGAUGGGGUGGUAUUUUUGAGAUGGUGCAAUCUUUCAAAACGCAAAAAUCAUUCUUCGAACAACUAGCGACUCAAUUUCCUGAACUCGAUCUUACCGACCACUGGAAUUUCGUUGACAAUUAUUAUGAGGCAUUCAAACCGCUGUACAUUUGUACAAAGAAAAUGCAGGCGGAGCAUGUAUGUUUACCCGAUUUCUACAUGGCCUGGCUAAUGGCAAUCAGUGAAGUGCGCAAGCUCAAUGAAAACCCGUUUACUCCUGAGCUGAUGAACUCGUUGACUACGCGAUUAAAAGCUUUGCGUGGAUCUAGAGCUUUUAAAAUGGCUCUUUUCAUCGAUCCGAGGUUUAACUAUCGAGGAUCGAAGUUUUUUUCACCUGAGGAAAAAAUGGAAAUACAGGGUUUCAUCAACGAAACGUGGCAGCGAAUUCACCAACUGCAAACGCCUUCAUCUGCUUCUCACAUGCCAAACGUAUCCCUGAACAGCUCCGAACACAACGACGACUUUGAUGAAUAUCUCACCGAGAUGUAUGGUGGAUCCGUGAAUAUGGAUCACGAACUAAGCGAAACCAGAUUUCUACAACAGCUACAGUCUAUCGAUCUCGAACCUCGUCAAAACCAUAACUAUAAUGUCUGGGACCACUGGUUGCGCCGGAAAACAACACAUCCGGAGUUGCAUGCCGUAUCCAUGAUUGUACUGGCCACUCCUUCAAACCAAGUUUCCGUUGAGAGAGCCUUCAGUGCUCUUGGGUUAGUAUUAUCUAAUUUCCGCACGCAGCUGGCAGAAGAAACCUUGACGAAUAUUCUUCUGGUAAAGUUGAACAAGGCUUUAUUCCCACAAGCGAUUUCAGCAGCUUACAAUUGGAAGGAAAUCGAACUAAAAGAUAGGGUGAAGCGGAUGGCUAACGAAUAAAUUGAUUCCGACUCUCGAACACAAUAUAAUAUAAUAAAAGAAAUAAAAGUUUUCGAAAAUAAU